AUGGUUUUCUUUAUAUUCAUAUAUAAUCACAAUCAGGUUUGCAUUGAUCCUGUUCAUAAAACGGAUAAACCCAUUUAUGAAACUACUAAAAGCAUUAAUAUCACAAAUACAUAUAUUGAUAAUUCAACAUGUAAUACCUCCAUUGAUUCAUACAAAAGCUGUUAUAAACAUGUCACUGGAUUAGUACCUUAUGAAGAUAUUUCAAUUGGUAUUGAAACCGUUAUUCGUCUUAAAAAACAACUCGAAUCUGUUAAUCAAACAUUAUUGAAUAUUUCACUUUAUUGGAAUCAAGACGAUCGUUUUAAACCCUUUACAAACUUGAUGUUAUCAAAAAAUGAAUGUCAAAUACUAUAUUGUGGAGCCAAUGAAGCUGGUACAGAUGGUCUUCAAUUUAUUGAACAAUACGAACAUUGUCAUAUCUGGUUUUUAGAACCAGUAGCACAAUUCUAUGAUAAAUUAAUUCAUUCCCGUAAAAUAUUACGAGAACUGAAAACAGGUAAACAUCAUUUGUACCAUAUCGGUCUAUCAAAUAAAAAUGAUCUUAUUGAUGUAACAUGGCAGGAUAUAAAAGAAUCACAAGCUUUGACUUUAGUUGGGAAACAAGAAAACAAACAAGACACUGGUAAUGAUCUAAAAUACAAAUUAAUUUUGAGAGAUGUUGUAGAAAUACUAUUCGAAUUUCACAUAUUAUCAAAGACGAUUAAUAGCACUAUAACUGGAGAAUUAAAUUUAUUACAUGUCAAUUGUGAAGGUUGUGAAUAUGAUGUUAUUGAAAGAUUAAUCAAAACAAAUUUAAUUAAAUACAUUAGAAUAAUACAAUUUGGUUCACAUAGACCAUCAGCUAUUCGUUCAUCUGUCAAUCAAAGAUAUUGUUGCUUACAACAAAUGUUAUUAAAGACACAUCAUUUACAAUUUGGUAUACCAUGGGCUUGGGAGAGAUGGUUAAGAAACGAUCUAGUAGAGAAAAAUGACUAA